CAGUAGAUCGUGCCGAAAUUCAGGAAAAAAUAAAAGUUCAGGGGGAAGUUGUCAGAAAAUUGAAGGCGGACAAGGCAGAUAAAGAACAGAUAGAUGCGAGUUGCUGACAUAGAGGCUUUCUCUCAUCUUUCCAUGUGCGUCACCUAUCCUUUCCUCCAUACCUCUGUGGAUUGACAUGGCUUCUGGAAUCAAAUGUCGUCGUUUCAUUCACUCCUUGUUGCGCACUUGUAAACGUGGUCACGUACCUGUGCUACAACGUCAUUGUCACCGUGGAAUGACAAUUGAACAGAUUGAGCAAGAAGUGGCCAAACUUUUAGAGUUGAAAGCACAGAUUGGAGACGAUGGAGCAAAGAAAUUUGUACUUAAAACUCCCAAGGGUACACGAGACUACAGUCCCCAACAGAUGGCGAUACGAGAGGGUGUGUUUGACACCAUCAUUAGUUGUUUCAAACGCCACGGUGCGGAGACCAUUGACACACCAGUAUUUGAACUGAAGGAAACACUUACAGGAAAGUAUGGAGAAGAUUCCAAGCUUAUUUAUGACCUAAAAGACCAGGGAGGGGAGAUCCUGUCUCUCAGAUAUGAUCUCACAGUUCCUUUUGCCAGAUAUCUGGCCAUGAAUAAGAUCCAGAACAUCAAGAGAUACCACAUAGCCAAAGUGUACAGACGAGAUAACCCCGCCAUGACUAAGGGAAGGUUCAGGGAGUUUUAUCAGUGUGAUUUUGACAUAGCAGGCUUAUAUGACCCUAUGCUACCAGAUGCUGAGUGUUUAAAGAUUGUAGCCGAAAUUUUACAAGAAUUAAAUCUUGGAGAAUUUGUGAUAAAGGUGAAUCACAGGAAAAUUCUAGAUGGCAUGUUUGGAGCCUGUGGUGUCCCAGAAGAGAAGUUUAGAUCUAUAUGUUCUGCUGUUGAUAAGCUAGACAAGACAUUCUGGGAUGAUGUCAGAACAGAAAUGGUGGAUGAGAAAGGUUUAGAACCAUCUUCUGCAGAUCUGAUAGGAACUUACGUUAAACAAAGCGGUGGGACAGAAUUAAUAGAUAUGUUGCUGCAAGAUGAGAGGUUGUCCAAAAGUAAAGAUGCCAAAGAAGGUUUAGAACAAAUGAAGUUGCUCUUGAGGUAUUGUGAACUGUAUGGAAUUAAAGAUAAGGUGCUAUUUGACCUGAGCCUUGCUCGUGGAUUAGAUUAUUACACAGGGGUUAUAUAUGAAGCCAUUUUAAAAGGUUUUACAAACACCCCCUCAGCAGCAGGGGCAGGAGAGGAGCAGCUAGGAGUGGGCAGUGUGGCGGGAGGGGGACGAUAUGAUAACUUAGUAGGAAUGUUUGAUGCCAAGGGCAAGAAUGUACCCUGUGUUGGUGUCAGUAUAGGAGUAGAGAGGGUGUUCUCCAUCAUCGAGGCCAAGUAUCAGGCAUCCCAAAUAAAAAGCAGGACCACACAGACAGAGGUAUAUGUGGUGUCGGCACAAAAAAAUCUCCACGAAGAUAGGAUGAAGCUGUGUGCAGAACUGUGGGAUGCUAAUAUUAAGGCGGAGCAUUCGUGCAAGAAGAGCCCAAAACCAUUGACACAAUUUCAGUACUGUGAAGACAUGCAGAUUCCCCUGGCAAUUAUAAUAGGAGAAUCUGAGCUACAGAAUAAUGUGGUCACCAUGAGGAAUGUUUCUUCUAGAGAAGAGAAAGAGGUACCAAGAGACAAAAUGGUGGAAGAAAUCAAGAAAACCCUGAGGGAUCUACAGACGCAGUCGAAAUAAACCCAUCAAUGUUUGUUGCAACUGCCUAGUAAAAAGGACCAUGAAUGUGUCACUCCAAGAUCUUUCAAAAACUCACACUAUUUAUUGCCUCUUCACAAGACAAAGUAACAGUGGUUUGCUCAUGGCAAAAAUCUAAAGAAUUUCACCCUGAAAUACUUUAUUAAAUCAGGAUGUGUUUUGAAUAUGAAAUAUUCAUAAUGUGAUUGUCAGAUAAUAAAGUGGGGAAUGUAUCCGAAGUUAAGAUGUUUUUAAUCUGAGGGAUUACCCUGGCUAACUUUCUCACUGUGCCUCGAAUAGAAAGCUCCUUGGUCAAGGAUUUUGAUUUUCGAAUUGAUGGAUUCUGUUUUGUUCAUGCAGAAAAAGCUGCUGUAGGAUCAUUAGAUGUAUUUACUAAAUGUUGUUUGAAAAGUGUAUGAGAUUGUGACUUAACGUAUAUAUGUCAAUAAUUAAAGGGAAAAAAUGCAUAAAUGUACUAUAAAUGCAUCCAUGAUAAGGAAUUCAAUAAAUUGAGACAUAUCUUUAGUGAU